AUCACAUAUUCGAGGAUAUAGAAUCGCCAACAUGAGGCCAACCUUGUUGCAGGGACAUGAGCGGGCUUUGACCCAGAUCAAAUAUAACAGAGAUGGCGAUAUCAUCUUCUCCACCGCCAAGGAUCAACACAUCUGCGCAUGGUUCUCACACAACGGAGAGAGACUGGGUACAUACCAUGGCCACCAGGGAGCCAUCUGGACAGUUGAUGUUGACCCGACAAGCACAAUGAUCGCAAGUGGUGCCGCCGACAACACAGUCAGAUUAUGGGAUAUCAAGACGGGAAAGUGCUUGAAGGUCUGGGAUUUCAACACGGCGGUGAAGAGGGUCGAGUUCAACGAAGAUGGAUCAAAACUGUUGGCCGUUACCGAAAUGCGCAUGGGUUUCUUGGGUACGAUCGUUGUCCUGGAUAUCAACUUAGAUGUCGAGGCCGAACAAUCGAACGAGAAGGUCAUGACGAUUACCUGCGAGGAGAGCAAAGCCAUAGUUGCUGGAUGGAGUUAUCUGUCGAAGUACAUCAUCGCAGGUCACGAAGACGGAACCGUGUCACAGUACGACGCUAAGACGGGAGAGCAACUCGAUAAUGUCAAAGUUCACGACCUUGACAUCACGGACCUUCAGUGGGCCCCCGACCGGACAUACUUCAUCACCGCUUCCAAAGACAAGACUGCUAAGCUUAUCAACACCCGUGACCUCGAAGUCAUGAAGACCUACGUAGCCGAUACCCCUUUGAACAGCGCGUCCAUCACACCCAAGAAAGACUUCGUUAUCCUUGGUGGUGGACAAGCAGCCAUGGACGUUACCACUACAUCCACGAGACAAGGAAAGUUUGAAGCCAGGUUUUACCACAAGAUUUUCGAGGAAGAAAUUGGAAGAGUCAGAGGUCACUUUGGUCCCUUGAACACGGUUGCAGUCGACCCGACUGGGAAGGGGUAUGCUAGUGGAGGUGAGGAUGGUUAUGUUCGAGUACACCAGUUCGACAAGGGAUAUUUCGAUUUCACGUAUGAGGUUGAGAGGCAGGCUAGACAACAGCAACAACAACAACAGAUGUAAGGAAGGAGAUUGCUUGGGUGCAUUUGCGGGCGUUGUGGGUGUCAUGUCAUGGUCAUGAAAAGGCUUGUAGAUUUGGCAGAGAACUGGAAGCCUUCCAAUGAAGGGAUGCUUACUACAUUUCUAGAAGGAAAGAAUCGUGUCUCAUUUCGAUGUCUUUAGCCGCUGCUGACCUUAAGAGACCUCUUUCUGUCUUUCUGCCCACUAAUAACGAUCCGCAAGUAUUAAAGCUUUGACUUUAUUAAUGCUGCCUAAAUAAAUAAAUGACUAUCGUCUUGCCUUCACCCCG